CAUUAUAUAAUGAUAUCGACAUGACGUCCAAAAAGAAGGCUCUUAAAAAGGAAGAAGCUAUACCUAGUUGGAUUUCCGAAUCGCACAGCUUUUUUGGGCAUGUGAUUCAAGAAACUAUCGACAGUCUUAGUGUGGAUAACUUGCUCAGUAGAUCUGAGAAAAAAUCGCUUCCCAGUUUGGAGUCUCUUUGGCGGAAAAAUUACAAUCUUGAAAAGCGAAAGCCUGAUUCUAAUCCAGUGCCUUUGCCAAUACCGGAGCCUAAAAAGCGUCGCACUACUACACAUAAAAAACCUAAGUCACUUCUUAAAUCGCACCAACAAUUAGAUGAUGCAUGCGUCAUUUUGGAGGAACUUCAGGAUGACGAAAUUGUUGUUAACCAAAUCUGCGUGCCGCCACUAAAGCCGCAUUGGCGGUGCCGCCGCAUCAAUAUAGAGGUACCAGCAUUUGUUGUUAAGAAAAAUUUAAUUGAGCAGUUGUUGACCUGGGACCUGCUAUGCGAAAUUAUGGAGCAGCAGAUUGAUGUGGCUACCGAUGCUCUGCAAAAAUGUGUCGAUAAAAUGCUAAAAUCUUUGCAAAGUUAAGUUAUGUAACAUGUAAGCUCAAUCUCAAUUAUCUUUGGCAAUUAAUGUACUUAUUCAUAUAUGUAUGCACAUAAGCAUAUACAUAUAUCUAUAUACAUACACAUACAUUUUCAAUAUUUACAUACAUAUAUAUUUACAUACAUACAUAUAUACAAGUAUGUGUAUGUAUGUGUAUGAGAUUUAGGAUUAGGUCCAUAAGCUUACAGUUCAGA